AUGAAAAGUUUUCUAUUUAUUCUCUUUGCAUUAUUUUGUUUUACAAAAGCUAUUGAAAUUGAUAAAAAACCAAUAGUAACUUCAAACUUCAUUAGUCAAGAUGAUGUUUUAUAUUUAUUUGGAAAUUUUACAGAUCAAAAUGGAGGCAUCAGACUAUACUAUAAAUACUUUGAUAUAUUCAACAAAAUAGAUGAUAAUAACUUUUUUUUAUACAUUUCAAACAACAACCUAGCAAUCGCAAUUCCACACUUUUCAGGAAAUAAUGAUAUUUUUAAAAACAACGAUGAACCAAUAACUAUAAAAAUAGCAUAUGGAAACGGCAGCGAAAUUUUACCAAUUGAAACUAUUUAUGAAGUCCAAAGUAGUUUUUAUAAAAUAUCAAUAGAUAGUAACCACCAAGCUCAAUUGCAAGGUUAUUAUUUUAAAAAUAGUAAUGAAAAUACAACCACUUCUUUUCAAUUUAUAACAAAUUUAAAUGAAACCUUAAUAUGUGAUAAAAGCUCAAUAGAAAUAGGAUUUAGAAAAAAAAAUAUAUAUUGCAAAUUAAAAAAACCAGUUGAUUCAAUUAUAACAAAACUACAGUUUAUAGAUUACAAUAACAAAACCAUUACUCAAGAUAUAGAUAAUAAUAAACUCAUCUUAGAAUUACCAAAUAAAAAGAAUGGCUCAAAUGAAGCUAGCACCAAUAUGAAAACCCAAAUUCCACAAGCUGUAGAUAACAAAAAUAAUAAUGGAUAUAUCUAUAGUAUCAACAAUAAUAGUAACAAUAACAUUAACAAUAAUACAUACGGUCAAAGCCAUAAUAAAAAAUGGAUACCAAUUGCUUUAAUCAUCCCAACAGUAUCUUUAAUAUUAAUGAUAUUUUUAAUUAUUACAAUUAUUAAAAGAAUUAAAGAAAAAAAAAGAAUUAGACACCUAGAAGAGUCAAAAAGAUUAAACGAUAUAUGGUAUAAUGUAAACUAA